UUUUCAUUAAAAAUAUUAUCUUUCUCUAAAUGUGUAACAUUAAUCUUAUGUUUUUCAGUCUACAGAUUCCCCUGAGUUAGAACAAUUUGCUGAGAUGUUUAACUCGGAAUCGCAAUUGGAUGAAUUAUUACAUAAUGCAAAUAACCAAUUUCAAAUUAAAAAUAAUUUCAUCAAGGGAAAUGACCUAAGAGUAUUUUUCAACAUUCCCGAACAAGAACACUACAACAAUUUCAACGCCCAUUUAAACCAUUUUAAACAUAAUUUCUACAACGAUAACUCCUUCAUAGGUAGAGAGGAUUAUUAUAAUUUAAAGCAUGAGGAAUAUCCAGACAGUACAGAACCCGGCGAAGAACCUGCCAUAGAACCAUAUAACACACAACAUAGUCAAUAUAACACGCAACAUAGUCAAUAUAACACGCAACAUAGUCAAAGUAGUCAAAAUGACACGCAAAAUAGUCAGAAUGAUCCAUACGCUGGAAAUAAAGCUGUGUGUGGACCUGGUGAACUAAUUAAAAAGGAAUUUGUAAAACGUGAUUCAAUCAAUGAUGAAAAUUACAUAAAGGAUGACAUUUAUAGAAAUGAACCAUACAGAAAUGAGUCAUAUAUAAAUGAUGAAAUUUAUGGAAAUGAGUCAUAUAUAAAUGAUGACAUUUAUAGAAAUGAUGAGUUGUAUGGAAGGGAAGAAUUGUAUGGAAGGGAAGAGUUGUAUGGAGGUGAUGAAGUGUGUAGAAAGGAGGAGUUUGCAAGUUCAUGUCAGGAUUUGGUGGAAAAGGAUCAGAUGUUUGGUAAAUAUGACUACAACGACUUCAUGACACCAGUAGCCAAAUGUGUCGAAAAUGACACAUCACUGCCUAUUGCGAAUAUUGGAAGACUAAUGAAAAGCGUACUUCCGCAAUCUGCCAAAAUCGCCAAACAAGCCAAGGACAUGAUCCGAGAUUGCGUCACCGAAUUCAUCUUCUUCAUCUCCUCCGAAGCUUCGGAUUUGUGUAAUACUGAGCGUCGUAAGACGUUGAAUGCGGAUGAUAUAUUUGUGGCGAUGAACAAGUUGGGGUUUGAGCAUUACAAUAAGCCGCUGAGGAGUUACCAUAACAAGUGGAAAGAAAUCAGGGACCUCAACAUACCUCAGAGUAACCCAAGAUCACAGUAA